AUGUUGUCUGUAGUAACUAUUCAGCCCAAGAAGAUCAACCCUAUGAAUUACAGUUCCAUCAUCAAAACAAUGGGGGGCUUUUCUGCAGCAUCUACCGUCAUAAAACCAAUGUUGCUUGACCAAAACACUUCUAUUCAAUUGACAUUUAUAGUACUGUGUUGUUGCUCAGUGCAUAUGGGGAUUUGGGGACACUUAUUUCAGGUUGGAGGCAGUAAAGAUGCAUCCUGGCAAUGACAGAUCAGUGUUUUGUUUUGGGUUCCAGUCGGCACUGAGACCGUGCCCCUGUUGCUGCUGGUCAUGGCAGGUGCUGUGGAGCUGACAAUCUGGCAGGGUGGCUCUUGCCAGCUGGCUGUAGUUACUGUAGUCAUCGCCUGCCAUCAGUGCCAUGGCUACAAUCUAAUGUGUUUGACUUGAUCCAGUCACCAGCCAUUUACCCUGGUAUACUGAGGAGAUCUCAUGCGGUUUUACUUAAGUUUCUGUUAUGUCAUGCUCUGAAAACAAAUCUGGAUAACGGAGCACUUCAGAGUUCUUUAUAUAUUUGAAUCCGUGUUAGGGGAUAUGGAAGACAAUCACACUGGCACAUAAUUUUCUAGCAGGACUGGUGUAAUCUUGUGAGUGACCACCAUAUUUUGUUUUCACAAGGCCUAAGUACGCUAUUAUACCAACUCAUACCACAAGGGAGAGAAGUUUUCACCGUUUUUAUUUUAUUUAGCUCAACAUCUGUACAUCACAUAAUCUAUAAUUCAAAUUCUUACUUAACAUAAUUGUAAAUGUGAACGUUCCUUGAUAUGAAAACCAAUCAAAACUGUCCUGUGGGCACGUGCCACAAACAUGUCUGCGCCCUUUGCUAUAGAUACCGAUAAAUGUGUUCCUCUAAAUCCAAUAUAAAGUUGUAUUGCUCGGCAGCGUGUUCUACAAAGUACAGGUAUAGCUAUCAACAGUCCCUCAACUUUGCUUUAAAGUUGUGUUCCCGUCCUUCUGCCAUUGAAGUCUCGAUUACUUUGUUGAAAGAUAUCCGGAACUGCUUUGAUUUAUGAGCAGAUGACCUGCCACAAACUCCUAUGGAAGUCUCCAUCCUUAUUGCGUAUUAUGUUGAUCUAUGCACUCUGCAGUAUGGAGAUGUCUACUUCCACCCGGUGAGAUGAAAUGGACUAUCAAUCAUUAUCUUUGUUGUCACAAUUGAGAAAUGUGUAGUGCAGUCAGGGUAAAAACAACAAGAUAAAAAAGGACAGGACUUGACUCUGAAGCAGAGAUUAGCUGGCUAGCUACAGUGUGAAACCCAUGCUCUGCUUGGUCAACUGAAGAACAUCUACCACUGUGCCAAGCUGACCAUUGGGGCCACUCUCCAGCUGGUGGACAGUGUGAUGACUGGGAAAGUGAGGAACGGUAUGGCUCUGGUCAGGUGGGUUUAUAUUAUGAAGGGACAGGGAACAUAAUGUGGUGGCAGAAUUUGGGGUGAGCUGCUGUUUGUUUUGCCCAGGGUGUUGAUAGUGGACUGGGACGUGCAUCAUGGACAGGGGGUACAGUUCUCUUCCGAGGAUGACCCAAGGUGUCUUUUUUCUUGAUUCUAACUGGACCUUUUGGAUAGUAAUCCAUCCUGACUGACACCCCUCUUUGUCUCCUUUUGUGCUCUACUUCUCCUGUCACUGCUAUGAGCACCAAGGCUUCUGGCCCAACCUGAGGGAGUCAGACUAUGACAGUGUGGGCAAAGAGAAGGGCGCUGGCUUCAACAUCAACGUACCUUGGAACAAGGUCAAUACCAUAGGAGUAGAAUUCUAGAAGUCAUUUCAAUUCUAAGAAGCCCUUGUUUCUUCCUCAGUAUCAUUAUGCCUUCAGUUCUCAUUUGAUCUCUUGACUGGUUACAGGUGGGGAUGGAGAACAGUGAUUACCUUUCUGUCUUCCAUGUUCUCCUGCCUGUUGCAUAUGAGGUGAGGCAUUCUCCUGCAUCUGCAGCACUCACAAAACAUGUCUCAUGACCAGUCUCUACAUUUCAAUCUCAAAUGAUGACUGAAUUAAAGGAACGGCCCGUGUGAGAGGUUGGCUAGUUUCUCAAUAAAGGCAUUUCAUAAACUUUAAAUCUGCUAUAACAUAAGUAGCACUUAUAAGUAGAAUGCUAGACUGUAAAUCGCUCUGGAGAAGAGUGUCUGCUAAAUGACAAAAAUGUAAAUAUAAAACAUUAUGUAGCUUGUACCACAUCGCAGUGCUAGCUGUGCCACUAGAGAUCCUGGUUCAAAUCCAGGCUCUGUCGUAGCCGGCCGUGACCGGGAGACCCAUGGGGCGGUGCACAAUUGGCCCAACGUCGUCCAGGGUAGGGGAGGGAAUGGCCGGCAGGGAUGUAGCUCAGUUGGUAGAGCAUGGCGUUUGCAACGCCAGGGUUGUGGGUUCGAUUCCCAUGGGGGUAUGAAAAAUAAAAAAUAUUAAAAAUAAUGUAUGCACUCACUAACUGUAAGUCGCUCUGGAUAAGAGCGUCUGCUAAAUGACGUAAAUGUAAAAUGUAAUGUACCGUUACAGCAUUGCAUUGUAUCUCUCUCUUUCUAUCUGCCCCUGCAGUGCUCUGGAGUCAAUUCAGUGUGUCAGAUCCACUCACAAGCCAUACUGGGCCUGUCUCAAACACACAGGUACUAUAUGACAUUAGGGCUGUGACGGACAUGGAAUUUUGGAUGAUGGUAAUUGACCAGCAAAAUGGCCACGGUCUCUGUAAUAACCGUUCGAAUAGCAACAAAAAAAAUAUUUCUGGUUUUUUUACGCACAUUUUCUCCUUUCCUCCUCUCCUGACUGCAUGUUCUGCCAGAGAAAUAUAAUUAAUAGAACAGGCGUCCCCAUUUCAAGUCAAUGAUUGCAUAAUGGGUGGACUGGCGGCUAUUGCAAGUGUACCCAUAGGAGCAAAGCUAGGUUGAAGAUGACAAAGGUUAAGACAACGAGAUUCUAAUAUCCCAUAAGUCUUUGCAACAAUUGGACCACAGUGCUGGUAGUUAGAAACGGCGCUGGUCCCAAAUUUGUGACGAUGUUGUCUUAACCUGUAUAUUUUUGACCUAGGAGCAAAGCAGGAAGUAAAAACUGGAUGUGUACCCAUCAAUAUGUGCUGUGAUUUGUUGAUUCAACUCAACUGACAUUACAAAAAAUACAUUCCAUUGCAUGAGACACAUCAGUUAACAUCAUUUGAAUGAACAUUCUACAUGACCAAUAAUGGAAAUUAUUGCAUCACAAUACCAGGCAGCCAUUGCGAGUGUACACAUGAGUUUACCAGUCAAAUUGCCAGGGUUAGAGGUUCCAAGCCCAUUCUAUUCAGCAGUUGCUACAACACUUUGCUUGCAACAAAGUUUAAUCAAGUUGUUAAGAGCUCAUGUUAACGCAGAAACGGACUCAACUGCACCAAUGCCCAGCCUUCCCGUCUUCAGUCAGCUGCUCCCCCCCACCCCCCCAUGUUUUUUUAAAAAAACGGUUUACGACGGUUAUUUAAUUUACAUGACUGUCGUCUUCAUCCAUAACCGUCUUUUAUAUGGUAAUUGUGCCAGCCCUAUAUGAAAUCACUCUGAUCUCAUCACUCCAUUUACAACAUAUCAACCUGCAUUGCCCUAAUGGAACUAUUCCUCUUUUCUUUCUUCUCUCCCUCCCUUCACUUCCUUCUCCCCCCCAGUUGUCCCACCGUGUCUGAGCCUAGCACUAAACGGUGUAAGCUGGCAGAGAAGGAAUAGGAUGUGCAGGCUGAUGAGGGUCAGAAAGGCGAGGGGGAUGGUUAGAAAAAGGAGGAGGUGGUGUGGAUGUCACCAGUUUAUGCCAACAAAAACGAAUAUAGGAUGAGUCAACAAGAUUAUUUGCAUUAACAGACUAUGAACCUUUAAGUGAGAUUUUCACUGGACAGUUACUUUAAAGUGCAUGAUCAUAGUUCCUGUUCAAUCACUGUAUGCUUUUCUUAAUAAUAUGAUCAUUGAUUGUAUUUAACAUUUGACAUUUUUGGUGACGCUUUAGUAAUGCUGUCUUAUUUUAUAACCAGGGUAAACUUUUUCGAAGAGCCACAGGAUGAGGAAGCUGUCUUGUCUCGCUGCAGUGUCAAUGCUCUCUUUGCAAAGAUAAAGGAACAAGUGGUGAUAUAGCUGUUGAUAGCAUUGUUGUGAAGAUGACAGUGCUUCAUUGUACUGAUUCUAAGUAGCUUGCAUCAUAUUACAAAUGGCAUUAAUUGUUAUUUGUUGCAGAUUACACAGUAUGUUUGCCAAUGUUUCUUUAGUACUAAUUCAUUUUGUGUAGCCUCUGUUUGCUUGUGAUAAAUGUGCCUCAUUGCUAUUCCUGGAGGUUAUUGUGUGUGUAUUUAUGUAUUAGGAACCAAACUAUGGGGCUUUUAUUCUCAGCACCACAAGGAGUAGAGAAAAACUGCAUCGUGGUCUCUGUGGUUUGGCCUCUGUGGUGUUGUUUUAGCUAACCUGUCAUUGUGGUGCUAACUGUUUGUAAUGGUCAGACUCUGGUGCCUGACGUCACUGUGAUGAUGCUGUGUGCCGUGCAGCAUGCUGGGAGGUUUCUCACCAAAUGGUACACAACGUUUAUGACCUUUUGACUUUGAGUCCUUUCUCAAUACUGGACAUGCAUAAACCAGCAGGGAUAUUGGUGGCGAACUCUGUUGGUGUGUGAUUUCUCUUCACUGGUUAUUGGUGGUGUUCCUGGGGGAUGGGGAGAUCCCGGCAUAAAUCACAGAACGGGUGAGAAUGUUUGUACAGUAUGUUGAGUAACCACACAGUAAUAAACACCCUUCUUAACUGUAAACAUCUCCUUCACCUCUCUCCUUUAGGAAAGCACUAAUGGUGCAGAUCAGCAGUAAGGAGCCAGAGGAUCAGAAAUCCAGAUGUCAUGUUUAUGUGUAUCUGAAAAAGGUACAGUAAAUUAUCCGGAGAAUGAAUCUUACAGUACUCCGAAUACAUGAUUCUCUUGUUGCUGGGUCUGUUCCUGCCCCUGGCCUUUCAGUACGACCCAGGGCUGGUGCUGCUGGCGUGGGGGCCGGGCUGCGAGGUCGGGGAGGCAGCCUGGGCACAGAUCACCAGCCUGCUCUAG